AUGACUGCUUCUAAGCUACUAGUUGUCUCUUGCUUGUUCUUAGCGUUGUUGUUAGUUCAAGUCAACGCACAAGGCUUGAAAGUAGGUUUCUACGGCAAAACAUGCCCAAAAGCCGAAGGUAUUGUUAGAAAGGUCGUGUUCGCCGCAAUGAAGAAAGCGCCUACGCUUGGUGCUCCUUUGCUUAGGAUGUUCUUCCACGACUGCUUCGUUCGGGGAUGUGACGGAUCAGUUUUGUUAGAGCUAAAGAACAAGCAAGAUGAGAAGAAUGCAGUUCCUAACCUAAGCCUUCGAGGGUUUGGAAUCAUUGACGAUUCCAAAGCGGCUCUAGAAAAAGUGUGUCCAGGGAUUGUUUCUUGUUCUGAUGUCUUGGCCCUUAUCGCUAGGGACGCAAUGGUUGCGCUUGAAGGACCAUCGUGGGAAGUUGAAACCGGAAGAAGAGACGGUAGGGUUACUAAUAUCAGUGAAGUCAACUUGCCAUCACCUUUUGAUAACAUCACCAAGCUUAUCACCGAUUUCGGCACUCUAGGCCUUGACGAGAAAGAUCUAGUCGUUCUUUCAGGUGGACACACUAUUGGAAUUGGACACUGUCCUCUAAUGUCAAACCGGCUUUACAACUUCACCGGAAAAGGAGAUAGCGACCCGAGUUUGGACUCCGAGUAUGCCGCUAAGCUCAAGUUGAAGUGCAAGCCGACCGAUACCACGACCGCUCUAGAGAUGGAUCCAGGAAGUUUCAAAACAUUUGACGUGAGCUACUUCGCUCUAGUGGCUAAGAGAAGAGGGCUUUUCCAAUCGGAUGCUGCUCUUUUGGACAACUCCAAGACUAGGGCUCAUGUCUUGAAGCUGGCAAGACCUCAUGGAUCAACGUUCUUUCAUGACUUUGGUGUCUCUAUGGUGAAAAUGGGUCGGAUCGGAGUUCUUACGGGUCGGGCCGGAGAGAUUCGUAAGACGUGUCGCGUUCCUAACUAA